AAAAUAUGGAUUCUGAGCCUAAAAAAUUAAGAAUUUUGUGCAUUCAUGGGUAUUACAACAAUGCCAAAGUUCUUGAAGCCCAACUUGAUUACUACCAGACCAUUUUCAAAGAUUACAUUGAAUUCGUGUUCGUCGAAGCCCCUCAUAAAAUUCCUGACCAAGAAGUAUACGAUCCUCGGGUCAAAGCCAAGUUCGAAGGCCCCUUCUACUACUGGAUUGGCAGUGGCAAGGGUGGUCUUGGCGAUAACGAGACAUUUCUGGAGUCUUAUAACUUCCUUUACGAAUUUAUGGAACAGAAUGGACCUUUUGAUGGCAUUUAUGGGUUUUCUCAAGGAGGAUUGUUUGUAAGAGCAUUGGUGAAAGGGAAAGAAUUAGGAUUUCCUCAUAUUACUCAUACGCCAAGUUUUAUGAUUCUGGCAUCUCCGAGAAUGCCUAAGAAAUAUCCGUUUGUUGAAGUUAUAGGGCAAGAUUAUCCAAUUCCGGCGCUAUAUUUGUUUGAUGACAAUGACACACUCGAAGAAACUUUUAUCAAUGCUUAUUGUGACAAAAGUGAACAUACCAUCAUCAGACACAAUAAAGGCCACUCACUUCCAAAACUCAUCAAUGAACAGAUGAACACCUUCAUUGACUUCAUCAGCACCCAGUACUACAACAAGUUCCACCAAGAAGUCCAGCUCAACUUCACUGUCGAUGAACAGUUCCUGGAAUCUUACAGAGCACAAGGAACAGAGAAGACCUCAAUUCGUAGUAAACUCUAACCAUCAACCCCUUACCCAA